UUUGUCUUUCCUCUGUUGCUGAUGUUUGCGAGUAGACUUAAAUCGCUACGCAAUCGAGCAUCCAAGGAGAUUUUCGUCAGAUAAAAAUAUCUGCAUUCGAAAAACAAAAACGGGUGAAUCGUUCCGGAAUGAAGCAAAGUUAGAAGAAAUAUUGCGCUCCUCAAGAACUGCCAAUACGGGAUGGAUGGAUGUGUGGAGAAAUCAGAAGAAGUGUAAAUCCUAAGGAUCGGUUGAGUGUCUCAUGUAGCAAUUAUUGAUCGAAAUCAGCGUAAAAGUUGCUUACGAAAUCGAUAAAUAGUUUGUGGAAUCGUACACUCCAUGAGGAAAAGAUGCGAUUCUGAAUCUGCUGAGAGAGUGUAUUAUAUCAUUUAGGAAAGCAACUUGAGCAAUAAAUGAUGCAGUUGCCAGGAUAGAUUGGUAGCCAAGGAAGGAAAAUCGAUCCAGUGGCAAUCCGAAAACUCCCUUCCCACCAGUGCCCAGUGACGACCAGACGUCGUGCCAAAGUGUGUGUGUGCGCGCUGCUGGGUGGAAGAAAUAAUUUGCAGGUUGGCAAAAUAACACGCAUGUGUUGGUGGUGUGGUGGCUCUCUCUCGCGGGCAACACGCGAAAAAGAAGAAGAGUGUAUGUUUUGGUGAAGAAGGUCAUCAGAUUGUGUAUCAUUUGUGUUUACGUUGUGUACGUCAAAUCGGGUGUUGUGUGUAUAGUUUUCUUUCCUAAAAAAUUCGCAGUUAUCUUCGCUCUCUACUUGCGCCUUGUGUUGAUUGCGAGUGUGUUCCAUAAUGUGUUUUGGAAGAAUCACUGUUGUCGUAUAAAAGGAAACUGGUCAGAUCUUGAACUGUCCGCGAAUUGUUAUCACGAUAACAUCGAGAUAGUUUGACUUCAGGCUUUGAAGAGAAAAAUCCUAAUCUCAGUGGGUGAAUUAGUCAACAUGAGUGAGAAGAUCAAUGGCUGUGCCAGCAAUGGUCACUCUAGCAAGCAUCAGGAUCUCAACGAAUCUGCUGGUGUGGGCGGUCCCACUACCAGCAACGAACCCAACGGGAAACCGAAGGGUCUGAAUGAAAGUGUGCAACAGCAGUUCACUCGUUUUGCGGAUUACUUCGUGAUUUGUGGGCUGGAUUUGGACUCUGGCCUUGAACCUGAUCUUUUUGCAGGUGACAGUUUACAAUGCUCCCCGCUAGACCGUGCGUACAAGAGCAAACCGCUCGCACACUACCCAGAAAACGUCGCCUGGAACCCAUUCGAUGCACAUGGGAUUUGCAUGCUCUCCCUGCCCCAAGGAUUGCGUUUCCGAACGCAAAAACACAACAUCGAGCCACGAUUUCAUGCCUUCGCAACCACACGGGAGGAUGGCAAGCGGUGCUACGGAUUUAGUUUAGUAUUCUACGAAGAGGUUCGAAAUCGCCAGAUUUGCAGUGCCAUGCAUACGCUGCAGUCGAUGUUUAUCACAGAGAUAUCCAGCUCACAGCAACCACCUCCGGGUACGUUGCGGAGGGUGAAGGACAGUCCCGUCAGCCGCUCGUUGCCAAGACACUUCAAAAUAGCCGCCCAAGCGCCGGCUUCCGCGUUGAGCUAUUAUGACAUCACCAAGGAUAAAUUGUAUGUUGCGAAAAGUGUUUCACUCGUCUGCCAGGUGCCGUACGCUCACGUCGCUGAGCUGUUCCUUCAGAAUCUCUACAAGUGUCUUCCUCGCCAUCCCGGAUCUCGUCUCAGCCUCGAGAGCUAUGUGUACAAUAUCCUAUACGAAGUAUCGACACCUCCUCCCGGGAAGUCCAUCCGAAUAUACAUACCACCGGAAGAACCUCACCUACCUCCCAUCAGCACCAUCCUGCAGCGUCCCGCUCAGAAAGAUGAGCUUCCAUUCAUGGACUUCCCCCUACGACAGCUUUUCACCUAUCUAAGCGUGGAUUGUGUGAUUCAGCUGUUCACUUGCGUUCUUCUCGAGAACCAGGUUCUUCUGAAAUCUACCGACUAUCGGAAGCUCACCAUCAUAGCCGAGUGCAUCACUUCCCUACUGUUCCCCUUCCAAUGGCAGCACGUAUACGCCCCGAUUCUACCGGCCUCGUUGCAUCACUUCCUGGAUGCGCCCGUACCAUUCGUGAUGGGGCUCCAUUCGGACUCCGAUAGCAGCCUUCGGAUUGGCAGCGAAGCCAAUCUCUGCUACGUAGACGUCGAUCGAAAAUCCGUUCAGCUGCCAGAGGAGUUACCGGCGUUUCCCCACAGACACGACUUCAUUGCGGAGAUAACUGCCGCCCUCGAUAAGUACCAAGUACCUCGUGAUAGAUCUCUAGAUCCACCCUCCAUUCUCAGCCCAAAGAAUCUCCUCAAAGAUCACGACAUGAUGACGUCGAGCUGCACGCUGCCCUCGGGGAUGCACGCCCGGCGGAAGCACUCGCUGCACGACGUCCUCGACUGGGACCGGCCAAACUCACCCGAUCUGCCACUCCCCACGGCAGCGGUUCCCUCGAGGCCCGACGUCCGCCAGCGGAUCGUUGACAUCGUCCGUCGCAGCGGAGGCGACGAAGUUGACUCCGGAACCAACGAGGCGAUGCCAAGCACAAAGCAAAAACAACCCCUCAGCACGCUGGAGCAAUACUACGAAGAUCUGAGACUGAACAACUCGAUAAGGGAGAUUUUUCUGAACCGCUUUGUACAGAUGUUUGCCGCCUAUGAGCAAUUUGUGAUUUUACCUAAUCAGGACAAAGAAGACUGGCUUAGUAACCGCGAAUCUCUGCACAACUUCGACAAGGCCUCAUUCCUGUCGGAUCAACCGCAGCACCAUCGGCCCUUUCUGUCCCAGUUCGUCGAGAGCCAGAUGUUCGUGACACUGAUCGACAACAAGAUAAUGCUUGCGUGGAAUGACGACAGCGGCGAAAACACCUGCUCUCUCGAUAGUCUGAACGGUGAUGUAGAGUACAAUCUCAAACUCUUUGACAAUCGCAUUAGAAUUCUAAGGAAACGGUACGGUGGCGAAAGUAUGAUCCGCACUGCUAACUACGAACCCUGCAUCCUCGCCAGGGAGACCCAGAAGCUGCUGGACAAGCGACUGGCCAGUAUCGAUAUGGAAGUAGCGCCACCCAGUGAAAUCCUGGACAAGCGACCGCCCUACUACCGGAGCUUCCCGCUGCUGGAGAAGUCCGUGCUGAACCAGGAGUGCGCCUCGAGAGGUAACAGUUUGAGACGAGUCAAGAAUGGUUCCAAGUGGAAGGUGAAAGAGAUUUCCCUUGACGGUGGCGGGGGAGGAGGAGGUUGCAGCAACAAGGAAAACGAUAGCGGUGGGAACAAGUCCAACAGGAAUUCUGCAAACCUAUCGGGUGCGGAGAUUAGUCCGGCGUUGAUGGCACAAGCCAACUGGACCUUCGUGGAGAAAUUGUUGAAGGAUUGCAAAAGCAAAACGAAGAGAAUGCUGCUGGAGAAAAUAGGAACCGAGGCUAUCGAGUUGGGAUUAAGUGGAGAAGCCUCCGUGACCGGGGUAGAGGAGAACACACUGAUAGCGUCACUCUGUGAUCUGCUGGAGAAGGUUUGGUCACACGGAUUGGUGAACAAACAAGGCAAGUCUGCUCUGUGGACGCAUCUGACCAGUUAUCUGGAAGUUAAAGACUGUCAGAACACGAGCAAGCAAAUCGACAACAACUAUCUGACACCAGAAAGCUGCACUAUCCCAAAAUCAAGCUACAAUUGUAAUGACAAAAACUCAAGUCUCACCAUUAGUCCAAGUGCAUCAUCCAACGACAAUAACGGUGGUAGUACAAACAGUGGCACUAAGAGCAAAUUUAACACAAUUAUACGACUGAAACGUAACCUUAACAAAUCUCCCACGGUGGUGCGUCGCAAUGAACUAAUUUCGUUAUCUUCCCCGGAAAUAUCCCCAAACUCGGCUUCGCGGUUGAGUAACUUUGUUUUGCCCAAUAUCAUUGCGAAUCUGGUGGGCACCAGACAUUACUCGAGGGUGCCCACUUGCGACAGUGCCCACAGUGGCGACAACGACCUCUCCUCGUUGGCAAUCGAACCGGAGAUUCCACCGUCACCAACUCGAGGUCGCUCCAAAUCACGCGACCGUAAAAGCUUGGGACCGGAGCAAUUGCGCCCACUUCCGGAAUCUUUGGAAUUUGAUAUCAGGAAUAUCCUCGCUAUGACCGACAUCAAGACCCACAUCGGAUACGCCCGGGCGUGGGUUCGACUAGCGCUGGAGAAGAAGCUUCUCUCGCGACAUCUUCGUUCGCUGGUUUCCGAUACCGCGCUGCUGAGACAGCUCUACAAACGGUCCGCGUUCGUGCGUUGUGACGACGAGGUGGAACAAUUUCUGUACCACCUGCUGACGCUGAAUGCGGUGGAUUAUUUCUGCUACACCAACACGUAUCCCACGGCCAAACUACCGUACCGAGUUGUGAUAUUUCCUUCGAAGAAGGGUAGCGCCGCCACUACCUCGGCCAACGUUUGGAUUGCCAUCUCGGGCACGUUGGGCGAGACGCAGCAGAUCAAUGUGCCGCGCCAUUCGCUGGAGUUUGUGUUUCAUCACAAAACAUUAGGAAUUCUAACAUCGCUGAGAGUCGGCCACGAUGACACGGGCAUGUCAUCCAAAUGGCUCGUGGAACACGUCGUCGUGAGAAACGAAGUGACUGGUCAUACCUACAAAUUCCCCUGCGGUCGAUGGCUCGGCCGUGGCAUUGACGAUGGCUCCAUCGAGCGACUUCUGAUCGGCCAACUCGUACCACGCACGGUGGACAGCGAAGAGCUGGUGGAAGCUUGCCGCACACCACCCCGAACCCGCAGUCCCAGCAUACAGCGACCAGAAAUUCGACCUUCGGACAUCCAGCACAUGCUGGGCGACUGUGUGAACGCGAUCGUCAAGUGGCACUACCGACCCAGCCGGGAGCGAGAUGCGAGCUCGCUAACGAAUUUACUCUGCGGAGAGAAUGGGUUGGUCAAAUGCUUGGAACAAGCAUUCCUGUGCGGUUUCCGCUCGCAGCGACUUUUCGGUAGGAAUCUGUAUCUGUGGGAUUAUUUCGUGCGGGUGAAGGAACAAUUCGAGGUUUGUUUAGUGGAAGAAACUGUCGAUAUGGUAAGAGGUGGGGGUUCUAUGUGUAAUUCACCGCCUACGAGUGGCUCUAGUCCUGAAUCGCCACCACAGAGCUCGACGACGGUUCAUCCACCAGUCGCUAGACAGGAAUUGUCGGCAGUGUGGCGUUGUUACUGUCACCUGAUGGAUGAGAUCAACAACGUUAAGCAAACACUCGGCAAGGAUGGACGAUUCCAGCUCUUCAUUUGUUUGAGCAUAAGGGAACACCUCCUGCAUCGAAUGCUGGUUCCGAUGGCUUACACCAGAGUCACAACCGAAAUGUACGAAGAACAAAGCUUCAUGCGGAAGAAGGGGCUACUGACAUUCCUGAGACAAAUACUCGAACCACUGGAUGAGUUCCACAUUGUGCUGGAAAACUCGAUUACCCAGGGAAUUGGUUCCCACUGUUGAGCUGUCGUGUAGGAUCAUUGUGAUGAUCACUGAUGAAGGUCGCUACUGAAAAACGUGUAAUACUCACUAGUGUUAGUUUGAUUUUGUGAAACAUUUUUUUCUACAUAAGGUAAUCUUCCGUAGAAAUCCAAUAACUGGUUUAUUAGUAACUCCACUGAAUCAAUCGUGAACUGAACAAGCAACUGAAUAAUCGAAAUCGAUGGCCAAAGAUAUUAGAGCAUUUUAUGUUCCUGAGAUGUUAUUCAUAUUAUGUUUCCACUUCGUUGGUUUUUAUGUUGUAGUUGUAAUUCGAAACGUGAUUUUAGUUCGAUCAGUUGAACUCUUAGCAUAACCCACUAUUUUUCACUAGUUUCUAACGGUUAUAUAUUAUAUAUAGUUUCCUCCGCACUACAAUUACGCAACAAGGGAAAACAUGGUCUCGGUAAAACAAAUUUGUGCCAAAAUUCACUCGGAAUAUGGGGAAAUAAAUAUUGGAACGUUACAAAUUUACACAAACCCGAUACUGUAAAAGAAGAAGGAGUUAUUGAAAGAGGAAGAAAAAAAAAUUUGAUAUUGCCUGAAGACAAAUCUCGAUGGUUGAAUGUGUGAUAAUAGUUACUGUAUAAACAAAAAAGCUCACUGUAGCAACGUAACAAAACUGAACUUAGUGUAGCACACUGUUUCCACUUGUCUAUUUACAUCGAAACAAGCGAACAGAAGGAUCGCUUUUGGGAAUUUUCUUGUACUCGCUAAAUUAUACCCCCACCCAGCCAACAACUGCGGCUGUGGUGUCAGAUACUAGUCAGUACUAGUGAUUUUGUGAGCCACUCUGUAGGAUACGAUACGAAUCAAGUAGGAAGAAUACACAAAACAAAAAUCUUGAUUAUUUUGCCCUCCCGUAGCGAAAACCAAUUCCGUCUCUAGAAUAAUCCGAAAGAAUAAAAUUCUCGGAUGAGAAAAUGCGUAGCAGCAGCAGCAGCAGGACACGGGCUUACCAUCUAUGGCGUUCGUAGCCAACAUUGAAGUCGGUUUGUGGACAUGUUCGGAAAAGUAACACCUUCACUGAUAUAAUUGUAUGUGUUCGUUGUUGACUGACAGCUAAGUAGGAUUACGAUUUUUGUGGUGGAAAACCAUGUAGCAAUUGGAUGAAUAGUAAUAAAAUACUGAAAUUUGGUUCAAUUCAUCGCAAGUCGCGGGUUUGUUUAAAAAAAGAAAAAAAAUCCAAUUGUUGUAAUGAAGUGAAAUAAAGGGUGGUUCGAAAUGGACUCCAUUAUUUCAGAGGGUCGUAACGGGGUUGGAGAGGAGGUUGGAUGGACGGUACCGUUUUCAGUCGCUGUAAUGAUUUGGUCUGAAAAGCACGGGGACUUCGUUAUCCGUACCUUAAAAAAAAACAAUCAGUCAAUGAUUACGUCACAAAGAGCCAACCGUGGAUGGGAGGAAAGGUAAAGAAAGCACCCGGUUACAACGCAAUCACCAACGUGGCGUUGAAAUUGACGAUCCUAGCUUUCCCCCAUAUGUUCAGGAUAAAGUGCGAUUCACAUACAACAUCCACGUUACGUUCACGUCCCGUCACGUUCCGUUACGUCAGUUAUUCUACCAUGCAGUUCUUAUGAAAACAUUCACAUACACCGGCAACGUAACGACCCGUCAGUAUACGUUCAACGAAAACGACCGGCGGGAUUUGUAGAAAAGAAUAAUUGACGGAGACGGACGGUUCGUUGGGUUUUUGUGUGGGCUUUGUGUCUCGACUUUUGUUUUGUUUUGGUUUUAUUUUUUAUGCCAACAUAUCUCUUAGUUCCAAAUUUCGGAGUCAAAAUCAUUCGUGACUAGUUGAGAAAAAUAGUCUAUAUAUUAUUAUUGUUGGAUAAAGGUCAAAACUUCGGGGUUUAAGCAUUUACAUAAUAUAAUUCAAUGAUUUCCGUUGAAUUUAUCUUAAAUUUAGAACUGAUUCAGGCAUGCGGAUUCGAAAGAGGACAUUGCAACUGAGGACUGUUGUAGGUGGCGACACCAUGAAUAACAUUAAAUGAAUCAUUCGUUUGACAUUUGACGUGACGGUGCUGAUGCAAGCAUAGACUGCAUGCAGAGAAGAGAAGUGGAACUUGAGAGAAAAAAAGUGGCAACGAUUUGUGGCAAGAAAAUGUAAACAGUGAAAAAAUUGACAGAUGGUUUACGCUCUAAAAAUUGAACAUAAUGUUGAGAUGUCUCUAAAAGGGUGGGAGACAUCAUACAUAAGGUGGGAGGUUCGUAUAUAAUGUUAUUAAUGUUAGCAUCAUCAUGAUAAACACGGCGAAUGGGAUAGAAAUUACGACCUGAAAAUUGAGUAAAAUAUACAUAUAGACGCUGAAACGCUGUGAACUAAUAUUAUAAUACAUUUUUAUCGGUUUAUGUAUAAUGCAUUAUCAAAAUAAACCCAUAUGUAUUGUAAUCAUAACUUGCUGUGCUAUUCAGAACAACAUUUAUGGUCGUAUUCCACCAAUGAUGACAAAUAUGUAAUUUACGAAUGAAGCUUCGCCAUAGAAACUGAACAUUGAAUAAAAAAAUUAAAAUGUGGUAAGAGCAUCAAUUGAAAUAUUUUAAAGCAUUCUCAUCGGAAUAAAUUGAAUGACACAAUAAUUAUACGACUAAAUGAUG